AUGCUCGCUCUCCGAUCCCCACAAAUCAUCACGCGUCCCUCCUCGCAACUCCUCCAUUCUGUUCCCCGUAUCGCCCUCUCGCCUAAGCCACUCCGCAAUCUGAGCCACGCCGCCUCCCUCUCCCGGACAAGCCCUCCACGCACCCACCACUACUUACGCUCUCGAUCCCUACGAGCUCCCACAGCCCACGCUACUAGAACCCUCGCAACAACCGCAAGCGGCAAAAGCCAAAGCGACCUCAUCAUUGAAGAGAUCCAAGAACUCUACGAAACCGCCAAAGACGAAUUCGAAAUCGCAACAGACAGCACCGACAGCGCAACCAUCUACGCCGCCUCGGACCGCGAAUCCGCCCGCGAUGCCCUCAACGAUCUCUUGAGUGUCUACGCGCUGUACACGACACCUACCUCGGACAGACAGCACUCGCCGCCUGAAAAUAGCCCUGAGCAGCAGAAGGGGGAGGAUGCGGACGAUUCCGGUCGACUGGUGAGCACGCAGUUCGAUCCGGCGGAGUUGGAGCCGGAGGUGCAGCAGGAGGUGAAGAGGCGGGUGGGUCAGCGCAUCAGGGAGUUGAAGAAUGCGGUGCAGUUGUUGGAGGAGAGGGCUAUGAGUGAUUGA